AGUACACUACCGAGGCGAGUGGGCAUCGGCUUCAAUACAGAGUCCUGUCAUGUUUUAUUUUAUACAAUCAGUCAUAUACUGAAAACCCUCCUCUCUCCCUCCCUCUUUCCCCUGAUCUUGGUGGUGGACGUGAAGGAUUUCGUUGCUCACGGGAAGUAAAGUACAACGUCAAUGUUCCUAACCUCUCAUCCAAUACUGUGAAAAUGGUCAAUAGCUUCUCACACUAAAACAACAGAAUGAAGCGCUUCUUCAAGCCAAUAGUAAAAGGUGAAGAUAAAGAUGGAAAUGGAGUGGAUGGAGAUGUAAACUGUGAUGGGCCUUUGAAGAAGAAGUUGAACCAAUCUGGAGAAGCAAAUAAUGACAAUGAAAAGGAGCCAGCAAAGCUGGAACCUUGCAAGUUUAUGACAUGGAACUCCAACAGCCUGCUUCUUAGGGUUAAGAACAAUUGGGCUGAAUUCACCAGCUUAGUCCAACGUGUUGACCCAGAUGUUAUUGCAAUCCAGGAAGUGAGGAUGCCUGCAGCAGGGUCUAAAGGAGCUCCCAAAAAUCCUGGGGAGUUAAAGGAUGACACAAAUUCAGCACGGGAGGAAAAACGGAUAUUACUGCGAGCUUUGUCAAGCCCUCCGAUGGGGAAUUAUCGUGUUUGGUGGUCCCUUGCAGAUUCAAAGUAUGGAGGAACUGCUUUAUUUAUAAAAAGGCGGUUUCAGCCACAAAAAGUCUCUUUCUCUCUUGAUAAAUCAUCUUCAAGGCAUGAACCUGAUGGGCGAGUCAUUUUGGCUGAAUUUGAGUCAUUUUACAUACUAAAUACAUAUGUUCCUAACAAUGGUUGGAAGGAUGAAGAGAACUCUUUCCAGCGGAGACGGAAAUGGGAUAAGCGGAUGCUGGAGUUUGUGAUUCGAUUGGGUAAACCUUUGGUUUGGUGUGGUGACCUGAAUGUGAGUCAUGAAGACAUUGACGUGAGCCACAAAGAGUUUUUCAGCAAUGCUAGGCUUAACGGCUAUAUACCUCCAAAUAAGGAGGAUUGUGGGCAGCCUGGGUUCACAAUAGCUGAAAGACAGAGAUUCUCAAAGAUACUAAGGGAGGGGAGGCUCUUGGAUGCCUACAGAUUCCUCCACAAAGAGCAGGACGUUAAUUGUGGAUUCACAUGGUCUGGAAAUCCAGUUGGGAAGUACAGAGGCAAGCGAAUGAGGAUAGAUUACUUCAUAGUGUCGGAGGUGCUUAAGGACAGAAUAAUCUCCUGCAAAAUUCAUGGCCAAGGAAUUGAGCUGGAAGGAUUUUGUGGGAGUGACCACUGCCCAGUUUCUCUUGAGCUGUCACCCGUUUUGGUAUGAAUUAGAAGCUUUUUAGUAAAGAAUGGACAGUAGUAUAAAUUCAUUCUGUUCCAUAGCCUCUGGAUCUUUUGCACCAACACUAAAUCCUUCAUUCGUAGGUAUUACCAUUUGUGCUCCGAUAUAUGGAAGCUUCUCUUUAUAGUGGUGAUUCUUACUGAUAGAUCCAUCUCGGGGAAGGACCCCCAUUUUGAAGAAGGGAGCCUGUCUGCCUGUUCAACGCUUUUAAACUUAAUUGUACCUUCUUUUGGGGAAGGAAGAAAAAUGAAAAAGAAAAAGAUUUGGUCUCUCAUGUUAAA